AUGAGUUCGUCUAAUUUGGCAGCCGCAGCCGGAGCCGUCUCGGACGUCUCCUCCACCGGCGGCACAAUCUCGUCCGGAUUCGGAGGCCAUUCCGACACGAUCGGCUCCGUAAGCAGCGGAAAUUCGAUCGGAGCUCCGGGCGCCGCGUCGCCGAUCGCACAGGCGGUCGCCAAUUCGGCGGCCAUCGUCGCGCAAAUCAACCCGGCCGACCGGUGGCCCACCGAACCCUCCGCCUACAAAUUGGACGAAUCGAUCGGCGUCGGCGCCACCGCCACCGUUUUUACCGUACGUUUUUGGAACCGGAAUUUGCAGAAAAAUUGGCGGUACAACCUAAUAGAACUUCUAUUCUGUCGCAGUUCUAUUAGGUUGUACGAUGCGCGCUAAAAAGAGACAAAAGACGGAAAAAAAACGGCGCGGAGAAGAAGAAGAGAAUCGAAAAGAAGUCACGUGGGUCUGCGCGGGGGGCACUGGGACACUGCAGAUAUGGACGAAAAGGAGGAGAAAGAGAAGAAGGAAUCGUUUUUAGAGAUACUUUUAAUGUGAAAAGUUUUUUAUUAUGCCCGAGCGGCAAUGAUGGAUGAUGGACGGAAUAGUAUGAUAUUCGGGUGGAAUAAGACAUUUGGUCGCUGAAAAAUUGAUUGAAAAUUUGACGGGGCCAUUGAAUAACUUCCUUCAGAGUCAACAUUUCAUUCAAGUUGAGAGUUCGAAAUGAGCAUUUGACUGCAAGCGCGCUCUACCGCAAUCCCACGUGAAAACCCGGCCGCCAUCGCGACUUUUUCCAUGUUAGCAGUGCUAGCUUAGCACUGAAUUCACGUGGUGUGCGGUAGAGCGCGAUUGCAGUCAAAUGCACCCCUAAUGUACAGAUCGGCCAAAAGAAUCAAUGCUUUUUUAACCUAUAGUACCUUGGUUUCACGUCAAUUUUCGCGUUUGCAUCAUAAAACUGCGCGCAGCAGUGGUUUAGCUGUCGAAUAAAUUUCAUGGGUAUUCGUGAGUAGUAAAGCGCGCCAUAAUAUCUUUUGGCAAUGGCGGAGCCAAUAGCUAUUCAUAUUAUUGCGGUAUCUUUCUUGGCAGUGGGGUGUUCACAGACUCUGUUGUGCAGGAAUUGGAAAUCUCCAAAAAGUAUGGAUUGACUUACAUUUUUUCUCAUCUUGACGCCAAAAAAACGGCAAUGACCCACUGGAUUGGGCGACGACGACACGACGAAAAUAGGCGAUCAAAGAUUGCGCGCAGACGCGGACAGGGAAUAAAAAGCGGAAAAAGAGAGGGAGAGGGAGAAGGAGAAGAAUGAGUAUUGUGUGAAGCACAUCUGUAUGGACGAGAGAGAGAGAGGGUAUCACCAUCACGUGAUGAAUGAAAUAGUGAGAGAAAGAGAGAGAAGGAGGCAUAGCUUUGAAUGGAUGGACGGACGGUACAGAGCAACACGUUUUGUAUGGAGGGAGAAAAAACUGGAAGAAAAGAGAAUUUGUUUGGAAAAUGUGAAUUUUGAGCCACUUGCAAUCAUCCUAUCGGGCCCAAACUCUGCAGGUUUUUUGGACUUGGAUUGACGUACAUUGGGGCCAAGUUUCAGACCGAUCCGAUCAUCUUGUCCCGAGAUAUGUAGAGAUCAGAGGCCAAAAACCCGAGUACCACAUAUCUCGGGACCAGAUAAUCGGAUCGGUCUGAAACUUAAACCCAAAAUACUUCAAUAUAAGACGAAGAAGUCUGCAAAGUUUGGGCCCGAUAGGAUGAUUGCAAGUGGGUCAAAAGUCUAAACCUCGGCAGGCCUUUUGCCCAGCUCUGAAAAAAAAUCUGAAAAAUCGGAACUUUUAUCCAAGUUGUUUAAUUUCCAAUAUCUUCAUUAAUUUUAUUUUCCAGGCCUACUGUCUUCCGCGCAACGAAAAAGUGGCGAUCAAAUGCAUCAAUCUGGAAAAGUGCCAGACGUCGGUGGACGAGUUGAGCCACGAGAUUCAGGUGAGAAUUCACCGAACUUUUCAUUUUUUCGCCAAGAAAAAGAGUUCAAAGUGUGGCAAAAGUGAUGCAAUUGUCCGAUUCAGGCAAUGUCGCAAUGCAAUCAUCCGAACGUGGUCAGCUACCACACCUCUUUCAUCGCCCAGGAGGAACUUUGGGUCGUGAUGCGUCUCCUCAACUGCGGAUCCAUGUUGGACAUUCUUAAACGGAAGGUUAAGGUCAGCAUUCAGUCUCUUUUCUUCGUAUUUUCACACUUACUAUGAAAAUUUGAAGAAUGUUGAAGCGGAAAACGUAUUUUGCUAUUUUUAGGCCAUUGGAAAGGAGCAGGCGCAAUUCGGAGUGCUCGACGAGGUCUCGAUUGCGACGGUGCUCCGCGAAGUGCUCAAAGGACUCGAGUAUUUCCAUUCGAACGGACAAAUUCACAGGGAUAUCAAGGUGAGCGCGGCAAACGAAUGCUUGCAAGAUUCUCUUGGAGAAUACGUUAUUUUUAGCCAGUUUUUCCGGAUUUUUAAAGUGUUGCAUGGAAUGGGGACCAUUUAGUUUUCCUGAAUCAUGGUACUUGUGGCUCCCUUCGCCCGCGUCCCGACUGUUUGGAUAUCUGAUUUGCCAUUGAAGCGGAGAAAAAACCUGGGGGCGAGAGAAAGGCGAUUAGCGUGUGAGAGAUCAGAGACGCAGACGCGAGAGAUUUCGCGCCUGCUCGCCCAGGCCUGCGUGAAGAUUUUGGUCGGUUUUAAUGGGUUUUAUGCUACACACCGGUUACGGAAGCGGUUGCGAGACGGCCAGUUGCGAAUCGUACAUAGCAUUAUUGCAACAUUUCAGGCCGGAAACAUUUUGCUCGCCGACGACGGAACGAUCCAAAUUGCGGAUUUCGGAGUGUCCGGAUGGCUCGCCUCUUCCGGGGGAGAUCUUUCCAGACAGGUUUGUCAAUGACAAAACACCAAUUUUCCACUCAUUUUUUUCUCAUACUUCUCAAAAAACGCCAGAUGUAGAGCGGUUUUUUUUUGUCCAGAUAUAUCAUACAAAAUACUAAUCACAUCGGUUGCAGAAAGUGCGUCACACAUUCGUGGGCACGCCGUGCUGGAUGGCUCCGGAAGUGAUGGAGCAAGUGCAAGGAUAUGACUUCAAGGCGGACAUCUGGUCUCUGGGCAUCCUGGCGAUCGAACUGGCCACCGGCACCGCGCCCUACCACAAGUACCCGCCGAUGAAGGUGCUCAUGCUGACUCUGCAGAACGAGCCGCCGACGCUCGACACGAACGCCGAGCGGAAGGAUCAGUACAAGGCGUACGGCAAGAGUUUCAAGACGCUCAUUCGCGACUGUUUGCAGGUACGCACGUUUUUGAAGAUUUGUUCCCAGAAUGUUGUACAACAUAGGAAAAGACCUGAAAGACACUUUAGACAAGAGGCAUAAGAACGCCGAACCCCUUAGUCUCUUUCUAAACCAUUGUGGACGUUGCAAAUUUUUACAUAUUUUUUUGCAGAAGGACCCGGCGAAGCGUCCGACGGCGUCGGAGCUCCUCAAGUACUCGUUCUUCAAAAAGGCAAAGGACAAGAAGUAUCUGGUGCACACGCUGAUCGAGAACCUCGCCUCGGUGCCGGUCGUCGCGCACAGCAGUUCGAAGAAGGUCGCGUCGGGAAAGUUGCGGAAAGACGCUCACGGAAACUGGGAGUUCGAGUACGACUCGCCGGAAGAGAGCGAUUCGGACGAGGAAGACGGAGGAGAGGGCAGCGCGAAGAAGGAGAAAAAGGAGAAGGAGUCGUCGGGCGGUGCACAGACUGGAGCUCAGACGGGCGGCCAGGCAUGCUCAGAGACUCUCAACAUGGUGCUGAGAGUCAGAAAUCAGCAGAGAGAGCUCAACGAUAUCAAGUUCGACUACACGAAAUCCGCCGAUACUGGUGAGGAGAACUAGAUGUUUUGAAAAUGUUGAACUAAAAAGAGAAAUUAUCCCCGAAAAUGAGGCUCUAAAUCAAUUUUGCAGUGGAAGGAAUCGCGCACGAACUGGUGACCGCCGAGCUGAUCGACUGUCACGAUCUGGUGAUUGUGGCGGCGAAUUUGCAGAAAUUGAUUGAUUUCGCCGAACAAAAAUCGGAUCGACGCUCGAUUACUUUUGCGUUGAACUCGGGAGUGCACGCCAAUGAGGUUUGUUGCAAUUCUUGAGGUUUUUAGGGUUUUCGAAAGAGUUUCUGAUCUCCUUUUAAGAAUUUGACACCCCUGACUUAUGUAUUAUCAGCCUGUGAUGCUAUUCUGGUCGGAUUGACGUCGAGAUGAGAUGAAGCCGAAAAUGCGCACUUUUUCGGCGCCGCAGAACUCUGAUACAUAUAUGUUUCCCGUCUAUUUUUUUAGAUGGAAGUCUCUGAAACUCCAUGACGGAGGGAUUUGUUUCAAGUGAAAUUUUUUAGGAUUUAGAGCUUUAUUGUGCUUUUCUUGGUGUCCGGAUGGUUUAGAAAGGUCCCUAACCCUUUCAAGUCCAAGAGCCGAUUCGUUGUUUACAAAUGUGAAAAUGUCGGAGGCCUAGAAAACCGCGCGUUAAUUAUACUUUUAUGCUCUGACAAUUUCAUUCGAAAUGUCAUGCGGUUUGGCGCACGCGACCGACGUACUUCAUCUGAAUAUGCGCACACACAUACACUCACUGACAAACGGAUGACGUCAGCGCAUUGAAAUCGGAAAUUUGAACUCGAAAACCACACCCCACGAAAAGUAGCACAAUAUUCAAUUUUUGGUAUGUAGCACGGAAAGUCCCUUUUUCUACGGCGUCUAGCAACAUAUUAUCCAUUCCUCGGCUCAAAUGCGGAUUAGCCUGAAAGAAAAAGAAGGCGUAACAGCCGUGCGGCGGGUUUCUCUUGAUGCGAAAACUCAAAUCUCGCAAUUAUGGAAUUAGGUGCCUUGCGCGGUCCUCGGAGAUCUCAAGCUCUGAUUUCUGUGUGCUCCACGCGCACCUAGAUUAGAAUGCUCGGGCCGCGGGCACAGAUGGAGUGAUUAGUCGACGACACCUGGCACACGCCCGCCGGAUAUAUCCUACGAAUGGGUGUCGAAUGUCGGCGGCGACGGCUCAUUAUAGAUUAUAGAGCUCGGGGUUUUUAAUUGGGGCACAACGGAAGGACACUGUUUGUGAGGCUGAGGCUGAGAUUAGGAAGGGAAUUGAACGGAGCGUUUGGGAUUGUCGAACGAGGCACAGAAAGCCAGGUUCGGCAUCGCACCUGUAAAAUCAAGGCAAAAAAAUGCGUCGUAGAACAAUUGAUGUUUUACGCAUGUCAAGUAAAGGACAGUCAAGUUAAUGCAUCAAUCUUGUGUGAGAAAAAACGAAUCAUGCCAGACUUGCAAAUUUUUAGAAAAGAAUGAAAGUUCCCCCCACUUCGUUCGAUUUUCUUUCUCUCUCUUUCAAAUUAACCAUAGUUAGUUCUCCUUCUCCGUCUCGUUUGUAUACAUUCGAAGGAAAAACAUUGUUUGUAGCGGGUGACGAUCAUGCUGAUGAUGAUGACUGCCAAUAGUAAUCGGCCUUGAAGCGGCGAAUUUGUUCUCGAAUUUGACCCUUAUCAUGUAAAAGAAGAUGAAAAGUGCGCACUUUUUUCUGCUGAAAAGUUUGAGAGAUCUUUUCACAAUUCGAUGUCAGAACUAGAAUGAAAUCAGCGUUAUCAAGUUCGCUUUUGGCGAAAACCAACCGAAACCAGUUUUCCCAUCGAAAAAAGUGGUUGGAGACGAUUUUUGAGCUCUUCUGGAACUUUUAUGGAGAUAUUGUGAAACAUCACUGCACUUGGCCUCGUGCGAACCCAUGGGAAACACUUUGAUCAGAAGGUAUCUUUGGUUUUUAUGUGAUUUCAAGCCAAGAGCAUUCUUUGCAAGAUUAUCAGUUUUGGUAUGGAUUGUGUUUAGAGAAACUCUAAGCCGGAUCGGAUUAUUUGGCGUUGGGGAUAUACUAUAGCUUCGUGAAAAGUGCGGUCAUUUUAAUACAUUCCAACAACUGAUAAUCCGGUCAGAUUGAAAGUUUCACUGGACACACUACAUACCAAGAUUGAAUAAUCCUACAAAAAUUGGGUCCGAUCGGAUGAAUGAUAAUAGCGGCUGAGUCAAAAGUCUAGACACCUCUUCUGCUGAAAAUCAAACCGAAAAUAAAGGGCUUUUGUCACCUUCUAGACAUAUUCUGAUCAAAGUGUUUCCCAUGGGUUCGCACGAGGAUAAGUGCAGUUUUAUCCGAAAAUAGCACUUGAAAGUUCCAGAAGAUCUCAAAAAUCCCAAAAUCCACGAUUUAUAAUCCAUUUUUCGAUUAUGUAAAAAGUAGUUGAAUGCAGGAGGUACGGAAAUUGCGAAUAGAUGGAUUAUCUGCGCGGGUGACCGGAAACUGAAGGAUUUCACUCGCAUUUAUACUAAUGACGUACAUGUGCUCUUUCCCAUUUCCUGCUCAAAUCCGCUCAUAGUCUGAUGGAGAUGCUGUGGAGAGGAGUGCACCCGAUAAACAAUAAUAAUAAUAGGGGAAAAGUAGAGAAGGAAAGGUAUAAUCAGAGCAAAUCAGCCGACAUUAUACUGAUCACCAGAGUUGAGCGGAAGAACUCAACGGAAGAAAACGGAAGAAUUUUUAUCUUUUUUAGAACAUUGUUUCAUGAAAUGUGAUCAACUGACGAAAUGUAUAGCAAAGUGAACUCUGCUCACAAAAAAAUAAUUGUAAAUUUAACUUUUCAUACAAAAAAGUUAUUCGAGUUCCGUGAAAAUGUCCUUCCGUCUUCCGUUGUCCUUCCGUUAGCCCUUUUUUCACGGAACAACUCGAAUAACUUUUUUGUAUGAAAAGCUAAAUUUACAAUUAUUUUUUUAUCAACAGAGUUCUCUUUGCUAUACAUUUCGUCAGUUGAUCACAUUUCAUGAAAAAAUUUUCUGAAAAAGAUAAAAAUUCUUCCGUUUUCUUCCGUUGAGUUCUUCCGCUCAACUCUGCUGAUCACUUUGAAAAUGGCAAAGUCUAAGUGAGUGGGCGGCGUUGAGAAAAAAAUUAGCUCAAAUUGCGGUGUUAGAUUCGGAAAAAUGUUGUUGGGAGAGUUGGCAAGAUGCCAACCGACUGGACAGAACACACAAUGACUCCGUAUCAUCGCUUUGCGAUUUUCCGAUUAGUUUAGUUGUUUUUUCGGAAAAAGAUAUAUAUAUAUUCAGGUGAUUUUUCACCUGCUUUUCUCAUCUCAAUUUCCAGUUUACCAGAAACACAAAAAUCGACGGAGCUCAGAAACUCUUUCAAAAUCGUUUUCCCCAAUUCGCAUCAAAUUCUUCCAACUAAAAUCGACUUUUUUGCAGGUGCCCGACGAGCGGACGCUGACCGGAUUUGCCCAAAUUUCGCUACUCGACUGA